AUGUUCGCUAUAGAAUACAAAACUACUUCUUUUUUCUCUUUAAGUUCUCAUCGAAGUUCCACAACUACCUUAUCAGAUGCAUGUUUGGCAGAUAAAUUAGCGCUUAUAGAAUGUAUCGAAAUCAUCAAAGCUAAUGUUGAAGAUCUUAUUAUUAACAAGACUAAUGAAAAAGAGAAAAAAUGGUGGAUCGAUAGAAAUUACAAAACUAUUGACGAAAAAAAACUCUCCCUGAUCCAUAUGGAAGAUGUAAAUUAUGAUGAGUUUGAAAAAAAUGUGAGAAAGCGAACACAUCGAAGUUCUGGGAAAUUCACUGAUCAAUUUAAAGAAGCUUUUUAUAAUCUUUCACGUCAAGAUCGAGUUAGAAAUAUUGGAACAACAACUUAUUAUACUUCAGGACGUAAAUUACGCAAAGGAA